AAAGACACACAAUCAGAAUUCAGUUCCGAAUUUUUCCUCGUACCGAUCGGUUGAUAUUUUUUUCCCUUCGAAGUGAGAUUUCAGUUCACGGUGUCAUAUCUUUGACAUAUUAUUCUUGCAGUUGAACUAAAUAACUUUCGAUUCAAUUGAAUUGUGCCUUGAAAGUAUAAUAUUCCACAUAGAAAAAUGAGUAAUUACGCUUGGGUAACAUUAGCUACCAAUGAUUCCUAUUCGCUAGGCGCCUUAGUAGUAGCGAAUUCCUUGAAAAACGUCAACACGAUCCAUCAAACAGCGGUGCUAAUUACUCCUGGCGUCUCGGAAUCCAUGAAAAGCAAACUAGAAGCUUCAUUUAACAUUGUGGUCGAAGUCAACGUUUUGGACUCACAAGAUGCAGCUAACCUAGCACUUUUGUCCCGUCCAGAGUUAGGAGUUACAUUUACAAAAUUACAUUGCUGGAGGUUGACACAAUUCGAAAAGUGUGUGUUUCUCGAUGCUGACACCUUUGUCUUACAAAAUUGUGACGAACUAUUCGAUAGAGAAGAACUGUCCGCUGCUCCAGAUGUUGGCUGGCCAGAUUGCUUCAACUCCGGAGUGUUCGUAUUCCGACCCAGCUUGGACACAUUUGGAAAAUUGAUCGAAUUUGCGACAAGACAAGGAAGCUUCGAUGGAGGCGAUCAGGGACUGUUAAAUUCCUUCUUCUCAGACUGGGCUCAUAAAGACAUUUCGAAGCAUUUACCGUUUAUCUAUAAUACCUGUUCAACGGCUUGCUAUUCGUAUUUACCUGCUUUUAAACAAUUCGGACAAAACGUAAAAAUUUUACAUUUCAUCGGUCAAGUGAAACCAUGGUUGCUGAAUUUCGACUCAAGUUCGAAAACAGUGUACCCACCGCAAGGAUAUGGCCAUUUGGGUGAAUAUCUUCAGCAAUGGUGGAAUGUUUUCUGCGCUGACGUACAUCCAGCUUUGACCACGGAAAUGACAACCAGUCUUCACCAACAGUACAGUCACGAGACACAAUGGUGCCAAAACACAAUAGGUCCUAACCUUUCUCCCGUUCCGAAUCCACCUCAUAUUGAAUUUUCCGACCCCUGGGACGCGUACUAUCAAACGAACGACGACCACACAGAAUCAUCGUCACAUGAGUGUUUCAUUGCUGUCCAUAAUAUUGACAAUAUGGAAUGCUCUCAUAGCGAACAAAAUCAUGAAUCCCUCCCCAUCCCUCAUAAUAACUGUGAAGAUCAUCAAUCUAGUCAUACCACAAAUGCAAAUGUCGAUUUGCAGCACACAUUAGACGCUCCUCAUAUCAGCAUACGAUCCAGUUUCAUCGACGAAUCCAAUGAUAUCGCAUCAAAUGCAAACUUUCAUCAGACUUGUCACCAAAUAGGAGACACAUCCAGUCAUAGUAUUAACGAAAAUUCAUUUUUAACUGUCACUCAUGAUAACACACAUGCCAGUACCUUAGUAGCAUCUCUAAAUAAUGGAUCUGAAAUACUCGAUAAUGGAGAACACGCGAGCGAAUCUUGUCAAAAUGAAAGUUAUGAUGGAGAUGUUGAAGAUGUAAAUGAGGAUGAAACUACCGUUAAUUGUGAAGAGGGAGGAUUAGCCGGUGCGUUGGCUCAAUUAACACUUGGUUCACCCCGUUCAGCUCAACAAGUGGCCUAUGAAGAGAGUAUGAGACGUCAAUGCUGGGAAGCUGGUAAUAUUGACUAUUUAGGUAAGGAUUCCUUCGAUAACAUCUGGAAGCGUAUUACCAAAACAAUUGAGACUAAAAACGAUCCACCGCCAACUGAAAAGAAUCGAUCACCUACUCCACAACCAGAAGAAAAGCUGGCUGUCGAGACAAAAAAAGAAGUCACAGUAGGUCCUACACUUAGCGAGUCUGAAGAGGAUGCUCUGGCAACAGCACCUUCCAACGAAAAAACAAUAACAGAAGUUACGGAAGACGGGCGGAUUAUUGAAAAGAAAAUCGUAACGUAUCCAGGUGAAGAAACCACCGAAAUCGAGGAAAUUGAAGAGGUUGAUGGCCAGACAGUAUCAGUGAAACGGUCUAUUAUUGGUGGUGAGAAUACAGCGGCAGCUCAACCGACGCCUAAGACCCUAGCUGAAAUAAAAAGUGAGCCGGUCGUUUUAGUGCCUGGUUAUAAAACAGUUGAAAUCGACGAGAAAACCAACUCCACUAUUGUAACUGAAAAAACAACAACAGGCUAUCAACAAACAAUUACGACAACACAGGAAGAUGGAACCAAAAAAAUUCAAACGAAAACAUUUUACGAUCCAGUCGAAAUACCCGGCGAAGAAGUGGAAGAAGAAACUUAUGAAGAAAUCGAAACCUUUGAGCCUGGCUCUGAAAAAACAACUGUAACCACCACAACUGAAACGAAGGAUGCUACCGAGAGCACUGUAGUGCCAGCUGAAGUUGGAAUAGUUGAAGAGCAGCCUGCAAGCGAUUUAUUAACACAAGAUGAAACCGUGAAGAAGGACGAAAAAUCUCAACAAGAAAAAACGGAGGAAUCUAAAGCUCUUAUUGACCUCAAAAAUCAGCCUAUUGUUAUAGUGCCUGGUCAUCAGAAAGUAGAAUUUGACAAAGAAACCAACACCACUACAGUGACUGAGAAAACUACCACUGGCUAUCAACAAACUAUUACAACAGUUACUCCCGACGGGCGAACAAUAGUACAAACCAAGGUUUUCUACGAUCCAAUUCCAAGUGAGCAGGUAGAACAAGCAGAAACAACCACCACAACAACUGUUACCGAAGUCUCGGAUGUACCAAUUUCGAAAGACAACCCUGAAACUCAACAGCCGACAGAAGUACAUGAGCAGUGUGUUGAAACGGUAAAAACGACAGAAGCUGUUAAGGAAACCGAAGAAACUACGACAACAGAUGGAAAAGAUUUACAGUUGGCUUUAGCUGCACCAGCUGGACAAACUUCACUUACUCAGAAGAAGACCACGGCUGGGGGUAAAGAAAUCGAGGUCACGGCAGUUGUUUCUGAAGACGGCAAAACCAAAACAUUGCGAAAAACUACCCGGCAGCCAUCGGAAGAGAUUGAAAUCGAAGAGUAUGAGGAGACCCAAUCCUAUGAACCAGGAGAAGUAAAAGUCAUUACAACUAAAAAAACUGUGCCGCUUGUUGAGGCUCUUGAGGAUGCUGCUAAAGAUAUUGUCGACAAGUCCGAGAAAGUUGUUGUCACCUCAACCGAAAAACAGGUGCCCGAAAAAUCUGAUAGUACGAUUCAAACUGCUGUCACAGAGCAAGUCAAGUCUGAAGAAGUCCAAAUUACAACUGAGGCGAAACCAGCUACAACCGACCCAAAACAAACAACAACCACUACUGAGUCAAGUACAACAGUCGCAACGCAAUCUACACCUAUUGUGAAGCCAACUAUAACGGCUGAUAAACAGAUUACAGCAGAAGAGAUGGAGACUUCGACUGAAGCGAGGGAGGUUAAAACUGAAACUAAGCAAACUGUAAUCGAUGCAAAUAAAAUUAUAACAGAAGAGAAGGAGGCAAUAACUGAAUCUAAGCAAAGUACAACUGAAGCAAAGGAGUCUAUAAGCGAAGCAAAGCAAACUGUAACCGAUGAUACGAAAAUAACAGAAGCUAAGCAAACUACAACUGAAGCUAAGCAGACUAAAACCGCAGCUAAGGAGGCUAUAACGAAAGCGAAGGAAACUGUAACCGAUGCCAAGAAAAUCACGGAAGCUAAACAAAGUACAACUGAAGCUAAACAAACUACAACCGAAGCUAAACAGGCUAUAAUCGAAGCGAAGCAAACUGUAACCGAUGCAAAUAAAAUUAAAACCGAAGCUACAGAAACAACAACCGAAGCGAAGGAAACUACUACUGGCGCCAAACAAGCCACAAGCUCCGUUAAGAAAACCAUAACCCCAGCGUCAGUUCCAGGAAAACUAGGUGCAGUUGAGCCGAAACAAAUUAAAAAAGUAACAAAGCCUGAACAAACCGACUCUUCUGUCAAGAAGGUAUCAAAGCCAAGCGACAAAGAUACUAAAAAAACAUCUCCAGCGGUCACUGUAAAGACGACGACGACAACAACAACAGCCGUGAAAAAGGGUGAAGAUACUCAAAAGAAAACUGCAGCCGAUAAAACAGUAACAGAAUCUACAGUUAUUGGUGAGCCAAAAGUUACAACCAAAAAUGGCGAGACCACAACUGAAGUAGUACGACGUAUUCCGGGUGGUACAGAACAUACCUGGACAACCGUUAGAGCUGACGGGUCAACAAAAACUGAAUCAAAGAAAUGCUUUGAUGUCGUCGAGCUAUCAAGUGAUGAAGAGUACGAGGAAUACGAAGAAAUAGUCGAAGAUGACACGAUUCCAUUGAAAACCACUACCACCAAAACACAAGCUCCCGCAGCCGCCGCCAGUGUUAAAGGCCCAAAAACUCCUACAAUUACCGAUGCAACACCACCGAGUACUCCACCAUUGAAGCCACUCGUCAUUGGCAGCACUUCUUCGGCGUUGAAAGCGGAGCAUGAGAUACCAGAUACUCCACCACUAGAUAAAGUCGAACAAUUGCGUAAAAAAAAACUUCAGUCUGCACCUGCCUCUAAGGUUGCGCCAAAAGUAGACAAACCAGUUGUGGAAGCACCGAAAGGAGCUACCACUAAGGUUGCUCAAAAAGUAGACAAACCAGUAGUUGAAGCACCGAAAGCCCCUGUCACUAAGGUUGCUCAAAAAGUAGACAAACCAGUAGUGGAAGCACCGAAAGCCCCUGUCACUAAGGUUGCGCAAAAAGCAGACAAACCAGUAGUGGAAGCACCGAAAGCACCUGCAACUAAGGUUGCGCAAAAAGUAGACAAACCAGUAGUGGAAGCACCGAAAGCCCCUGUCACUAAGGUUGCGCAAAAAGUAGACAAACCAGUAGUGGAAGCACCGAAAGCACCACCUAGAAAGAAGGAAGUAAAAACACCGGCAGCAGAAAAAUAAACUCGAAAUCUAAUCGAUCAAACUGAACGUUCGUUUGAAUACAAUCUUUGCAUUACUAAAACUCUUCAAUGCUUUUAAAAAGUGAAACGUGUGGCAUUUCUUAAACCGUGAUUUUUUUACUUUCUAAUUUCUAGUCGUAUUGAUUUUGAUAAUUUUUAUUUUCACAAUUGCUAAAAUUGUGUGCUUCCACUGCUAAUAGUUCAAUUUUUUUAUGUUAAUUUUUUAUUCAGAUUACGUUAUUCGUUUCAUAGUUUUCGCGAAUUUUUGCUCAUAUUUUAACGAAUGGAAUAUUUAGUUAGACACUUUAAAUAAACGCAUAUUUGUACUUACAA